GCCAGGCAGCGUUGGCGGGUCGCCAGGCGCCUCAGGCCCGUCCCGGCCUCCCCCCUCAUCUCCCCUCCCCCCCUCUUUCUCUCUCCCAGACCCCGAGCACCCCUGCCUGCACCCUUAUGCUUACCCCCAUCCUGCUCCUGCUUUGCAUGUCACUGCCUGCACAAGCUUUUAGAUAUACUGUGACAUGGGCAUCACUUCUUCACAUUUAACAACUUAUUUAAAUUUAAUCAGAACUUGUCCCCCCACCCACCGUCUCUUUUCCCUGCAUGGCUCCUCCCACUGCAUCCUCACCCCACUCAGCAUCGCCUGCCCCUCCUUGCAUCUCUGCUCUCCCUCUUGCCUCUGCUCUUUGGCUUGUAUGCACUCUCACAACGCCUCAGUGUCGCCAUGGCAACCUGGGUUGGGGGGGGGCAAUCCAGCCCCCAGCCAUCCUCACGUGAAACAACAUGCUCCACACUGAUUUAAAAAGAUGUCAUGGCAUCGUGGUCAUCCUCCAUGUCCCCACUGCUAACAGUUCAGAUGGACUAAUGCGCGAUGCGGGUUUACCUCCAUGCUGGCCAGCAUUAGAUGAUUACAUACUCUCAGAGACCACAACAUUAGGUACACCUGCACAAUCUAAUGAGGUCCCAUACAACAGCUAUGUCGAGCAUUGUAAACACUGUUGUGGUUUGCAGUGGUGCACACCUUCACUGCAUCAUCUGAGAGCUGUUCCUAAUAUUUUGACCCACUCAGGUAGCUAGAUGGGGUGGUCAAAAUAUUCCAACCAGCUGCCAAUGUGAUGCAGUACAGUGCAGUUCAGGGUGUCCCUAAAGUGUGGACACAGGCAGAAAUGCAUCUAUUAAAAGUAAUAUAAAUAUGUAAUAUACAUUAUAAACAUAAUAUAAUUUGUGUAUGAUAAUUAAUUUUUAAAAUGUCUGCAUAUUUUUUAUUCAUAUUAUAUAUAAUGUAUAUUGGGUAUUUUUACAAUUACUUAAUUUUAAUCAAAUGACUUAAAUAAAAUUGAUUAAUAGAAUGUAAUUUGAUUAAAUAAAGUUUUAAAUAAUGAAUUAUACAAUGCAUUGUUUCUUUUACAAUUAAAAUUUAAUUAGAUUACAUUUUUUAUGUAUGGAUAUUCUAUGUGUAUGGUAUGUGUUCAGACUUUGUGGAUGCCCUGUACAAGCACAAUAAUACAUUUUAAAUUAAUACAAUCGUCCCUCGCUACAUCGCGGUUCAAACAUCGCUCCCUCAAACAUGUACAGUAUUCAUAAAUGAUCGCUGUUUUGUGGGUAAAUACAGCACAUUAGUAGUAAAAAAAAAAUAAAAGCAUGCAUAUUUAAGCAAAAUUUACUUAUUCUAGCAUUUUCAAGCAUAAAAAGGGAUAAAUGAACUGACUAAAUGAACUAAAAUACAUAUACAAGGCAGAAGAAGCAUUCUAAUUGUGAAUGUAGUGCUGUAUUCUACAUUGGACACAAGGGUGUCAUUGUAAUAAUUGUAAUUGUUUUGUGAUACAGGCAUUAGACUUGUCACUAAGGGACACAUUUACUGUGACACUGCUCGAGUGGGAGUUUUAUUUACAAUCCGUAUUGUAAUGGCAGAAGUACGCUGGAAGUACACUGUCCAGAAAAGAACAAGGAACUGCUAACAUGUGAGUCUGUUAUCUUAUUUAUGUCUAAUAUGCCUUAUUUUAUCUUGAUUUUAUCUACUUUAUUAGGUAAUAAAAUUGUAAAGGUGACUAUAUGGGUGUUAUUUCAUGUCUCGAGGGCUCUAAUAAUGUUAAAACCCGUAUUUAGAAGAUCGUCAACAGGUUUUCUAUGCCAUAACUACGAAAAUAUUCAUUUUAUUAAUAAAUGAAUCCUACUUCAUGGAAAUUCACUUAUUGCAGAAGGUCUGGAGCCAGUUAACUGCAGUAAACGAGGGACGACUGUACCUCUCUGACGGUAUCAGUCCAAAAUGAGCAUUAUUAAAUUUGUAAAGGCAAAACUUUUGUAUUGGACCUCAUUAGAUUGUGUACCAAAUGAAGUGGCCAGCGAGACUAACACUGAGUAAAACUUGCAGUAGAUAUGGGAGGGCAGUCCAUGUGGCUGUGGAAGUGACUCUCGGACCAUUUUAGGACGCUGCUGGGUUUUAAGUGGCCCUCGGUGCAUUAUUUAAUACUUUCCCUUUACAGUCAAAACAUUUUGUGAUGCAGCAGAAAUACUGCAAAGAAGGCUGAAAAAAAAAAUAAACACAAAGACCCUUGUGGGGGAUCUACAGUAUUUAUCUAUCUAACUUCCUGUCAAGCUUCUUAAACGUUACUGCUAUCCAGGGGCAUGAAACACUCUCACAGUCAUGCAAUAUGAAAACAUAUAUAUAACAUAUACAUUAUAUAAGUGGCUCAUUGAGAUGCAAUGCAGGCUGCUGGCCAGCUGAGGCUCAUUGAUCCUCUUUAAAGAGCUUUUAAGGAUGAGAGCAGGUAACGUUAGCAUGCUUGUCAUUAGCUCAGGACACACACACAUGCCCACACACAUGCUUUUUAAAAGGUCUUGUGUUUGAAUGUUGCAUUUUUAACCUUUAGUCUUUUUUAGGACCAAGAAGCAUAUUUGCUAACAUACAUUUAAUUGAAACAAAAUAGACAACCCAGACCAUGUGAUUUGUACUAGCCAAUCGGCAAAGAAAGCCAAUAAUAAUAAUAAUAGUAAUAAUAAUGAAAGAUUAUAAUUAAAUGUCAUUUUAAAAAGGUAUUUUGGAUUGCAGUAUUACUGUAAAUAUCAUGCUAAUGAUUACACAUUUUGCUGAAAUUACUACAGUUAAAAAAAAUAAUAAUGUAAUGUAAAUUAUACAUUUAAGUAGUUUCCAAAAUAGUGUCAACAACAUAACAUUAAUUUACCUUAUGAAAACCAAAAGGAAAUAUUUCAUUGGCUCUGACAAAAUAGUUUGUCUUCAUAGCAUAAUACUGUAUAGUAAUGAUGUAAUGUAAUAAAUAGAGUAUGUGUUGAUUUAUGCCUGUGUGUGUGUGUGUGUGUGUGUGUGUGUGUGUGUGUGUGUGUGUGUGUGUGUGUGUGUAAAUGAAGCUUCUACUGUGCACCUUCUUAAAAAGGAUCUUCACUGGACCAUCCCAUUCACAUGACAGUUAUUCUACCAAAGGGUAUGAUUAAUGUUGUUUGGACUCAGCCUUUCUCCUCCCACUCGUCAUCUUCUCCACCUAAAGUCAACUGAGGUCGUCCCACCUGGCUGCAGGUCAUCUUUUCAUGACCUUGUGUAGAGAUCCCUUGCAAAGAACGAGCGUUGCAUGAAUCCGCGUGUGGCGUGAUGAGGAAGUUGAUCGAGGCGUGAUGACAAUGAAGUAGCUGUUUGGUAUGCUCCUCUCCUAUUUCCACGUCCCGCUGCCUCGGGAGGUGAUGGAAGCACUCAUGACGAGCAGCGUACACGACGCCCCCAGUUCGUCGCGUGCCUCCCCGUUUCUCCAUACCCCCUACCCACCACGAGGUGAUGCCUGGCGGCAGCGUCAACCUGACCUGCGUGGCGGUGGGCGCACCCAUGCCGUAUGUCAAGUGGAUGAGUGGCGAGGUGGAGCUGACCCCCGAGGAGGAGAUGCCCAUCGGACGCAACGUCCUGGAGCUGGCCAACAUCCGCCAGUCGGCCAACUACACCUGUGUGGCCAUCUCCUCGCUGGGCAUGAUUGAGACCACUGCCCAGAUUACGGUGAAAGCCCUGCCCAAGCCACCCACCUCCCUCACUGUGACAGAGACCACCGCCACCAGCAUCACCUUGACAUGGGACUCUGGCAACCCCGAGCCCGUGUCCUACUAUGUGAUCCAGUACCGGCCCAAAGUGUCAGAGAAUGGUUUCCAGGAAGUGGACGGGGUAGCCACCACCCGCUACAGCAUCGGCGGUCUCAGCCCAUUUUCCCAUUACGAGUUCCGGGUCAUGGCGGUCAACAACGUGGGCCGAGGGCUGCCCGGCGGCAUUGUGGACACGCGCACGAGUGAGCAGUCGCCCUCGUCACCCCCGCUCCACGUCCAGGCCCGCAUGCUAAGCCCUAGCACUAUGCUGGUCCAGUGGGAGCCCCCUGAGGAGGCCAAUGGGCAGAUCCGUGGCUACAGGGUUUACUACAGUGCCGACCAGGAGGCCCCUCUCAGCGCCUGGCAGAAACACAACACUGAUGACAGUCAGCUGACCACCAUCGCUGACCUGACCCCUGAUGUCACCUACAGUGUCAGGGUGCUGGGCUUCACCUCGGUGGGUGAUGGACCCCCAUCUGAUGUCCUGCUCAUCAAGACUCAGCAAGGAGUUCCAGCGCAGCCUUCUGGUUUUGAGGCCGAAGCUGAGUUGGACUCUCGCAUCAUGCUCUCUUGGCUUUGGCCCGUCCAGGACCCCGUCAUUGGUUUGGAGCUGCUCUAUUGGGAGGCCAACAAUCCAGAGGAAAAGCACAGCAUCACGUUCGAACCGUCUGGAUCGUACGCAGUGGAUGGUUUGAAACCCGACACAGUCUACAUGUUCUCCCUGGCUGCCAGAUCUGAGAUGGGCUUGGGAGUCUUCACUCAUCCCAUCGAGGGCAGGACCGUCCAGUCUACCCCUUCAGCCCCUCCCCAGGACGUAAGACUGCUCAGUCCGAGCUCCACUAGCAUCCAGGUGAGUUGGACCCCGCCACCUACAGACCGCCACGACGCCGGGAUCACAAGCUACUCCCUCUCCUACCGAGCGCCGGCCGGGGAGGACAUGCAACGCCACCAGGUAUCCGGGAUUGGAGCAGACGCCCGCACCUACGUGCUGCACCACCUGGAGAAAUGGACUGAGUAUAUGGUGUGGGUGAGAGCUCACACCGUCAUCGGGCCCGGCCCAGAGAGUCCAGUGGUCCGUAUCAGAACUCAGGAGGAUGUGCCAGGAGCCCCGCCCAGGAAGGUGGAAGCCGACGUCCUCAACUCCACGGCAGUCCGGGUGAGCUGGAAGCCCCCCUUGCCAGUCAAGCAGCACGGGCAGAUCCGGGGCUACCAGAUCAUCUACUCCAGGCUGGAGAAGGGAGAACCUCACGGGCAACCCCUCAUCAUGGACGUCUCCCUCCCAGAAGCUCAGGAGGCGGUCCUGACGGGACUGCUGCCGGAGACCAGCUACUCAGUGACGGUGGCGGCAUAUACCACCAAGGGGGAUGGCGCUCGCAGCAAGGCCAGGGUGGUCACUACUUCAGGCGCAGUACCUGGCAAGCCCACCAUGAUGAUCAGCACCACCAUUGGCAACACAGCGCUGAUCCAGUGGCAGCCCCCCAAAGAGAUGGUGGGGGAGCACGUGGGCUACCAACUGCAGUACAAGAGAGCCGAGGAGGACGUCUUCACCGUUAGAGACUUCCGCAAGACCGACGAUCACUUCACAGUCACCGGCCUCCACAAGGGGGCGACCUACGUCUUCAAACUUUGCGCUAAAAACCGCGCCGGCAAUGGUGAGGAGUACGCGAAGGAGGUCAGCACCCCGGAGGACGUCCCCGGCAGCUACCCUCUGAACUUGAGUGUGGUCGGCCUGACUGCCACCACCACUGAGCUGUCCUGGGACCCGCCCCCUCUUGCGGACCGCAACGGGAAGAUCAUCAAGUAUGUGGUGGUCUACCGAGACAUCAACAGCCAGAACAACAGCUCCAACGCGACCGCCGACACACGCAUGACCAUCCAAGGCUUGCGGCCUGACACCACCUAUGACAUCAGAGUGCAAGCCUUCACCAGUAAAGGUGGCGGGCCCAUCAGCCCCAGCAUCCAGAGCAGGACCAUGUCUACUUCCAUGCCAGUGUUCACCAAGAACUUUGGCGUGAAGGCGGUGAUGAAAACGUCUGUCCUGCUGACGUGGGAUGUUCCAGAAACCUUCGAGUCCGAGGUGCCCCUCAAGAUCCUCUACAACCAGCAGAGCGUGGAGGUGCCAGGACACCAGAGGAGGAAGCUGAUCACGCAACUGCAGCCAGACACGCAUUACUCCUUUGUGCUCAUGAGCCGCGGGAACAGCGCCGGAGGACUCCAGCAGCAAGUGUCCAUCCGGACCUCGCCGGACCUGCUCAAGACUAAACCAUCUGAGUAUCAGCAGGAUGUGGAGGAGGGCGGGAAAGUGAGCGUGCGGCUGCCGAGGGUCCCGCCCGGAACGCCGGUCAGGUACUUCUACAUUGUGGUGGUCCCUUUGACCCCCACUUCGCUGAUGUGGGAGAACCCUGACGACAUGGACCUUCAUGAGCUGCUGGACGCUGAAGGCGGUGCGCAGAGGAAGAGGAGGCAAAGCGCGGACUUUCUGCAGCCUUACAUCGCUGCCAAGCUGGACUCCUUGCCUGAGGUCUUCACGCUGGGAGACGAGCACCAAUACUACGGCUUUCACAACAAACCGUUGCCGGGGCAACAGCAGUACCGCUGCUUCGUCCUGGCCGAGCUGGUGGACCACGAGUCUCAGAGGACAUUUGCAGCCAGUCCUUUCUCUGAGCCCAUCCUGGUGAAGCUCCACAGCGGGAUGGCAAGACACUCCGAGGACCCGGAGAUGCUGUGGGUGAUGGGUCCAGUGCUGGCCGUCAUCCUCAUCAUCAUCAUUGUCAUCGCUAUCCUCCUCUUCAAGAGCAAACAAGAAAGGAAACGGACGUCUCCGUCGGCCAAAGACGAGCACUUGGUGGGGGUGAAGGAUUCGCUGCUGGCCCACACGUCAGACCCCGUAGAGAUGAGGAGGCUUAACUAUCAAACACAAGGUUCCAGUACCCUCAGUUGCCCGACCACUCCAAGGAUGAGGCAACAUCCUCCCAUCGCCACCUGCGACCUCGCCGACCACAUCGAGCGACUCAAGGCCAACGACGGCCUGCGCUUCUCUCAGGAAUAUGAGUCCAUUGACCCCGGGCAGCAGUUCACGUGGGAGCAGUCCAACAUGGAGAUCAACAAGCCAAAGAAUCGCUACGCCAACGUCAUUGCCUACGAUCACUCCAGAGUCCUCCUCACGCCCGUGGACGGAGUUCCUGGCAGCGACUAUGUCAAUGCCAACUACGUGGACGGCUACAGGAAGCAGAACGCCUACAUCGCCACGCAGGGCCCGCUGCCUGAGACGCUGAGUGACUUCUGGAGGUUGGUCUGGGAGCAGCGCACCUGCACCAUUGUCAUGAUGACGCGCCUGGAGGAGAAGUCCCGGGUGAAGUGUGACCAGUACUGGCCCAGUCGUGGUACUGAGACCUACGGCAUGAUCCAGGUCACCAUGUUGGACACGGUGGAGUUGGCCACCUACAGCGUGCGUACCUUUGCCCUCUACAAGAAUGGCUCGAGCGAGAGAAGAGAGGUCCGACAAUUCCAGUUCAUGGCCUGGCCUGACCACGGAGUGCCUGAGUAUCCCACCCCGACACUGGCCUUCCUUCGCAGGAUCAAAGCAUGCAACCCCCCAGAUGCCGGCCCCAUGGUGGUCCACUGCAGCGCUGGCGUGGGUCGCACAGGCUGCUUCAUCGUCAUCGACGCCAUGUUGGAGAGGAUGAAGCACGAGAAAUCAGUGGACAUUUACGGCCACGUGACGUGCAUGCGGGCCCAGAGGAACUACAUGGUGCAGACGGAGGACCAGUACAUCUUCAUCCACGAGGCUCUGCUGGAGGCGGCGACGUGCGGCAACACCGAGGUCCCUGCGCGAAACCUGUACGUGCACAUCCAGAAACUGAGCCAGGUUCCUCUGGGAGAGGCCGUUACUGCCAUGGAGCUGGAGUUUAAGAAGUUGGCCAACUCCAAAGCACAUACCUCAAGAUUCAUCAGUGCCAACCUGCCGUGCAACAAGUUCAAGAACCGUCUGGUGAACAUCAUGCCUUUCGAGUCCAGCCGGGUCUGCCUGCAGCCAAUCAGAGGCGUGGAGGGCUCAGACUACAUUAACGCCAGCUUCAUUGAUGGCUACAGGCUGCAGAAAGCCUACAUGGCAACACAGGGCCCCUUAGCGGAAACCACUGAGGACUUCUGGAGGAUGCUGUGGGAACACAACUCCACCAUUGUCGUCAUGCUCACCAAACUUCGCGAGAUGGGACGGGAAAAGUGCCAUCAGUACUGGCCUGCUGAGCGCUCGGCCCGCUACCAGUACUUUGUUGUGGACCCCAUGGCCGAGUACAACAUGCCACAGUACAUCCUGAGGGAGUUCAAAGUUACAGACGCCAGGGUAAGUCUAACCAUCUUCGACUGCUUGACUUUUGUUGCUUGCUACUGUGGCUUUAACACUCCACCGGUCCAUGUCUGCCAGGACGGCCAGUCUAGGACCAUCAGGCAGUUCCAGUUCAACGAUUGGCCAGAGCAAGGUGUGCCAAAAACAGGGGAGGGAUUCAUUGACUUUAUCGGCCAAGUCCACAAAACCAAGGAGCAGUUUGGGCAGGAUGGACCCAUCACUGUGCACUGCAGCGCCGGCGUGGGACGGACCGGCGUGUUUAUCACCCUGAGCAUCGUCCUAGAGAGGAUGAGGUAUGAAGGCGUGGUCGAUGUCUUUCAAACAGUGAAGACUCUCAGAACUCAGCGGCCCGCCAUGGUGCAGACUGAGGACCAGUACCAACUGUGUUACCGGGCCGCCCUGGAGUACCUGGGAAGCUUUGACCACUAUGCAACAUAACCCAUCGUGAAGACACCCUCACAAGAGUUUGGUGUCCUCUGUGAGCCCACUCAGCUCCUACAAUCCGACCAGGAGGUGAUGAUGUGGGCCGAGGAGGAAGUGCCCGCAGACUGGGGGGAGAAGUCUGACCGCCUCCUUCUGAUAUGACUCCUGCGGCUAUCGCUGAACUCUCAUGGACCCUGACACACAUUCUGAAAACCCAACACUCCUCAUUUCUCUUCUGUUGCAAAUAUUUACCAUAUAUUUUCUUACGUCUUAAUGACUCUCUAAUGCUUUUAUGUUUUAUUAGCACUGAGGACGUGUUUUCAAAACGCUCCAAGGUGUUAUUGUUAUUAUUAUUAAUACUGGAGAGCAUAUACUCACUGCUGCUACAUGUUUUUGUACCAUAGACUUCAUAUUCUAUUUACUGUACACACUUUUAUUUGGUGUAGAGGGGCUAAUUCUAGUUCUGACAUCCACAACAAUAUGUCCACAUUAUACCAAGAAGAACAUCACGCUUUUAAAGUGUGGAAAAACCAGAUGACACAGUUUAUUGUUCCUAAUUGCUGGUUUCUUGCCUCAAAGCCUGCAGAGGAACAAGACGCAGUCGUACGCCAUUCACUGGAUUCAUGUGAACACUGAAUGAUUUUACAAAAUGUCAUGACAGGUACUCCGUUUGUGCAGGUGCAUUUGAAGGGGAACAAGAAUGUUUGCUGGGUCGAGUGUAGUUGUCGGCCCAGCCUGUGAUGAGAUGACAGCUGUUUUACGUCAGUAAAAUGUAAGAAUAAUGAUAUAGUUGUCUUGGUGUCGUUAAAUUUAAGUCACUCCAAACCCCUAAAUCCUGACAAAGAAACUCAUAGUUUGAGUGCUUUUAAAAAAAAAAUCUUGAACAUAUACGAUGGUGCUUCGGUCAUCAGUGGAGGGGGGAAAUGAAUUAAGGUAAUGAAAAAUAUUUUAUGUUGUCUCUUGCAUAUGUGAUCUCCUCUCUAUUUUUAAUAAAAAAAAAAUAUGAAAAUAAAUGGCUUUGAACACCUAAAUG